ACCUCCCACCGGACGGAUAUAGCAGCGUAUCAUCUGUGCAAGAAUCUGACUUCAAUGGUGUGGUUAGCAUUGUGUUGAACUGCAAGCAUUUCGAGACAUGCCUCUCCGCCGCAUGUCUAUCACCGCCUCCACCUGAUAAGAAAUGCCCGCUAGAAAAGGUUCGACAAAUAGGCCGAGAUGUACGCCACACUGGUGACUGCAAAGUUACAGAUGCUGAUCUGCAGUACUUCUAUCUGACACUGACCACCCUACUUGCUGAUCCAGUCCGCUUAUUGCAUGAUACCUCAGCGACAGAAGCGCGCAGGAAACUCAGUGAUUUGCAGAAUGAUCGUCUUUCACUUGACGACUUGGGCAAGUUGUUGAUAGAAGCCAAUCAGACCCUCACACAAGCAAAAAAGGCCGGGGCACGUUUUUCCAAAGAGGCUGAAAGGACCCUACAUGAAGGUCUGAAAACCUUAGAGGCUACAAUACAGGCUGGAAAAGAUCGCAUUGAAAACCAGACACAGGCAGGAGAAAAACGCAUUGAAAUUAAGACACAAGAAAGCAUCAACCUCAUAAAUCGAACUGUGAUUGAAAAGGAGCAAGACGAAUACGAGCGAGGAGUAGCAGAAUUGAUCAAAGAUAUGAAGAAGUUUUACAACGACAACUUAAGUCACGUGCCUAUAUCGCCAUUGAAUGACAACGUCGAUGAAAAAUUACUUGACCUGUAUAUGUUGCCAAAAAUUUUCUCAAUGUGCAAGGACAAAGGGGCCUUUACACAAAAGAACACACGAGUAACGAAAUACAAAGAUGUGUUUCAAACAGAUAACAAAAUGAACCGACGAAUAUUUCUUCAAGGUGAGGCGGGGUCAGGUAAAACAACAUUCUUGGGAAAGUUGGCCCUGGAAUGGUGUAAGUCCACGUCUAGUCAUAUGGAGUCUUCAAAAAACACCGAUUUAAAAACAAUUGAUGAUCAAAAUAAGUUAAGCUCAUCCUCAACUUAUCAUGAACAAUCUGAUAUGCCACGUGCAUCGUCUGCAACUAACGACGACUCGGAUACGUCAACUGCAUCCACUGUAACUACUGAACUCUCGGAUAAGUCUAGGGCAUCAUUUGAAACUACUGAAGAAUCUGAUAUUUCUAGCUCAUACGAUUCUUUCUCAGAAGAUAGUGACUCGUCAUGCUACAGCCAGGCUAUUGGUCACACCAAUAACAGCUCAAAUAUAUUUGCUGAUGUGGAUGCUCUUCAAGAUUAUAUUUUCGUAUUCUAUAUUACAUUGAGAAAUUCGGUAAAACGAUUCGACGUAUAUACCAUGAUCAAAGAACAAAUUAUAGACUCAAUUUACUCCGAGGACGACCGUGAGAAGGCGUACAGACUGGUGAAUGAGAUCAUGAAACGUGAACGUUGCUUGGUACUACUUGAUGGUCUAGAUGAGUGGGCCGGGUCUGGAGAUCAUCACAACCUACCGACACUGGUAUCAGUUUACAACCAAUGUGUGACUUUAGUAACAACACGGCCUUGGAAAUUGGCUGAAGGUAAAGUUAAGCAUUCGGAAAUCGACGCAGUGUUUCAACUGGAAGGAAUAAAUGAGCCGUUUGAGCUAAGCAGAAUUAUUCUUAGCCGCUUAGUAGCUAAGGCAGAGCUUGAAAUAAAACAUGAAGCAUUUAAGCGUUACAUACGGAAUCAAAAGCUCAGCGAGUUGAUAUCAUCACCCAUGAUGCUCUCUGUAAUUGUAUGCUCAUAUGCAGAAGGAAUAGAACUUAAAGGCUCUAAGUGUGAAAUAUACAUCCUCUUACUGGAGAGUCUUUUUAAGAAAGCGAACAGUGAAAUGCGUACAUUUGAACAGUCUUCCUCUCCUUGCUUCAGAGGUACUCAAUACAUACAGCCCAAUAUGAAAAGUCUGAAUCGCCUUGCUGAAAUGGCAUUUCAUUUGUUGUUUGUAAAUGCAAAAGAAAACUCACUAGUGUUUAAUAUUACUGAGUUGAAGAAAUUCAAGAUGGAUGAACGAAAACAACAGGACUUUGCUCUAAAGUCUGGAAUUUUAUCAGCAAAACUUACUGCCUCUACACUGCGAUCAUCGUCAUCAUUUAUGUUUAUCCACAAGAGCAUGCAGGAAUUCCUCGCGGCGUAUCAUAUCGCCUGCAAUACGAAUCUUAUUGAUGAUAUUAUUUCUAUCUUCCUUAACCGUCACCCGGAAGCCUAUCUCGACAUAUCACAGGUGUUCAUAUUCCUGUGUGGACUGGAUGUAUCAUGUGCGGAAAAGCUAUCAAGCAUGAUGGAUGAACGCGAUGCUUUGGAUACAAACCAUCGUUCAGACUGUCACGAAAUGUUAAAUGAAAUCAUACUUGCAGGAAUGAGAGAAGCUAAUGCAAACGGAUAUUCCGACAUUGCCCUUAAACUCAGUCACUUCUACUUCGAUAACAACAAUAUCAUUGACCUUCAUAAGAUUUGGGAAAAUAACGCGGCUAAUGCCAUUGUGUUGAAUGUUGACAUCAAUGGCAGGAAACCCUUAGAAAACCCACGAAUUUCACCUGGAAAUGACGAGUGUGCAUCUCAGAUUACAUUUGACCUUCAUUCGUGCCUGGAGCUGGCACGUUUAAAGCUAAGAGGACGUUGCAUAUUGGGAAAAGAUUCUGCCAGUGUGGGCACAUUGGAAUUUCCGGUCUGCAUUAUUCUAAAUAUUGCCGAUCCAACCCAGUGCACAGAGCUUCCACCUGUACUUCCCUCCAUCGAAGACAUUGACUUGAUCAGUGUCACAUGUUCCUGUACCUGGCUACGCAGUCUGCUUAGUAUGAUGCUGACACAAAAUUGUAAUAUGAAAUGUUAUCUGCAUGACUGUCACUUAACUGCGUGUGGAGAGGGCGAAGUCAACACAUCAUACACGACUGGAUACAUACAUGUAUUCGUACGUCCAAACAAAAGCAUAUCAAUAAGCCUAACUAAUGAUACCGGUCUGUGGGAGAUGCUGCAUGGUCUGAGUAUUAAGAGUCUGAGUCUGCAUGGUUGGGGGGAUAGAGGUUGUAGAGUGAAUCAUGAAAAGUCGUUCUCACAGACGAUAGCAUCGCUCUCAAAGCUGGAAACACUAGAUAUUAAAAUGGAUGAAUUGACUCCUUGUGUGUGGGAGGCUCUCCGUGGUCUGAAUAUCAAGAGUCUGACUCUGAGCAGUAGGAAGUGGGGAGAGUUGCAUGCAGAGUCGUUGACGCAGUCGCUAUCAUCGCUCAAGAGGCUGGAAACUCUUGAUAUUACAAUGUAUGAAUUCAUUCCUUGUCUGUGGAAGGCUCUCCGUGGUCUGAAUAUCAAGAGUCUGACUCUGAGCAGUAAGGAGUGGGGAGAGAUGCAUGCAGAGUCGUUGAAUCAGUCGCUAUCAUCGCUCAAGAGGCUGGAAACACUUGGAAUUGGUGGGACUGAAGACAGUCCUGAUCUGUGGAAGGCUCUCCAUGGUAUGAAUAUCAAGAGUUUGAGACUGGAUGGUUGGAAGGGGGAUAGUUGGCAGGAGAAAGGUUUAAGGAUAAAUCAUUCACAGUCGUUGUCUCAGUCGCUAUCAUCGCUCAUGAGGCUGCAAAUACUUGAUAUUCAUGUGGCUGAAGAUAUUACUGGUCUUUGGGAGGCUUUCUAUGGCCUUAAUAUCAAGAAGCUGCGUGUGUUUUGUAAGUGUAGAGUAAAGUAUAAAGAGUCGUUGUCUCAUUUGCUACCAUCGCUUACACGGCUGGAAACACUUAGUAUUGGUGCGGAUAAAGCCUGUCCUGCUUUGUGGGAGGCUCUCAAAGGUUUGAGUGUCAAGAGUCUGACUAUUAAAGGUAUGAACAAAGGUUUCGAAUUAAAUCAUACAGAGUUGUUGUCUCAGGCACUAUCAUCACUCACACAGCUUGAAACACUCGAUAUGGAAGCAUUUGAGGAAAGUACUGGUCUGUGGGAGGCUAUCCAUACUUUGAAUAUCAAGACUCUGAGUCUGCGUCUUGAAAGGAUUCAGUGGACCGAUUUGCGUACAGAGUCGUCGUCUAAAUCACUUUCAUCUCUCACACGUCUAGAAACUCUUAAUGUUAGUGUGUAUGCAAACAUUAGUUGUUCUUGGAAGGCUCUCCAUGGUCUGAAUAUUAAGAGUCUGAGUCUGUUUCAUUAUAGAUGUCAAGAUUUGCAAGCAGAGUCGUUGUAUCAGUCAUUAGCAUCGCUCACACAGCUAGAAACGCUUAGUAUUGAGUUACGUUCAAAAAGCCGUGGUCUAUGGAGAGGUAUCCAUUGUCUGAAUAUAAAGAGACUGAGCCUGAAGAGUAAGGAGUGGGAAGGCUUGCAUACAGAGUUGAUAUCCUUGUCACUUUCAUCGCUCACACAGCUGGACACUCUUUGUAUUGAGAUGGAGUGUGAUAAUCCAGGUCUGUGGGAGGCUGUACAUGGUCUGAAUAUUAAGAGUCUGAGUCUGAGUGGCUUAUGGAAUCGUACUGGAAUUGACGUGAAGCAUACAUUGUCGAUGGCAAAGACACUUGCAUCGCUCAAACAUCUAGAAACACUAAGUAUUAAUGUGGAGCAUGAGAGUCCUGGUCUCUGGGAGGCUUUCCAUGGUCAGAAUAUCAAGAGUUUGAGUCUGAGUGGCGUGCAUAAAUCUUCCGGUAUUGAUGUGAAGCAUGCGGAAACGUUUUCUCAGUCGCUAUCAUCACUCACACAGCUGGAAACGUUAACACUACAUGUCCAUACAUACAUCGCACUGCAGGUACCUCAAUCAUUGAAGUAUUUAAAUAUCUACUCUGACACAAUGCUUCCAUCCAAAGUGCGCGAACUGGUGGACUCACUGGCUAUAUAUACUCAUUUAAUUGGGAUUAAGCUAGAAUUUGGUUGUGCUUCUAGUAUUGAUCCCCCAGAACGAAUCCCAGUUCAGGAAUACAUUCCAUUUCAACAGGAACUUGCUGCACGGAAAAAUGUUGUAAUGAAACGAUUCCGAAUAUAUGAAUGGCCUGAUUCUGCCGGUUAUGCCAUGUCUGUACGUGACAUUGGUGAUGUUGAUGACGCUGAUAGCGAUAUCCUUGAAGAUGAUGUUUAUAAAAGAUUUGCUAAAUAUAUCGAUCGUUACAUAAUCAAUCGAAUUUCAAUACUCAUUGAGAUAAGUCCAGGCUCAAUAUCUUAAAUUAGUGUUUGUUUUUGGUGGAUACUAUAUUAAUAUGAACCUGGUUGUAUAUUAAAUUUGUAUUGUAACAAUUGAAACUGUUUUGACAUGUGGCGUAUAAUACUUUUUUAUGUUGUUUCUCUAUACAUGAAAUUGAGCUAUAACAUAUACUAGCUUAAUGUGUUGUUGACUUUUCGACGAUAGGUGUUACAAGAAAAUAUGGUAGAAACACAUUAUCUUCAUAUGUCAAAACGGUCUUAGUCUAAUGAAUGUUGACAUUCAUUCACAACACUAUAUUACAUAUGCUCAUCUCAAUGUUAAAAGAGAUAUUUCGCCGGAGCUUUUCUCUUAUAUGUAGUAAUUAUUAAAAUCAACACAAUUGUGUAAAUACGGCUCCUAAGUCGUUAAUGCCUUGAGAUUAAAAUCAGUAAACAACAUAAUGUUUAUUUUUGCUACCGAGCAAGUGACAAACUACUAAACGAAAUAAAACUGUAGACAGAUA